UCAUUACACACAGCACAGAACAAUUGCUGCUGUCUCGCACAUGACCUUCUCUCUGUCUAUGCGAGGUUAUAACGUAGGAAUAACUUCUGUGCUGUACACACAUAAAGCAUCAUGGGAUUUGUAGUACAGACUAGAGCACUUCCUUCCUCUCUUCCUGAUGUGUGUCUGCCUAGGGAGUAUUGCACUGCACUUACCUUGCUAAAGAAGUUUCAGUCGGCAGAUUGGAGCAGAUUUGACAAGGGUCAGGGCAAGUCCUGGCAGUAUCUGCAGCCGCAGCGUGCCACUGCUGAGUUCUUACAGCUGGUCAGCAUAUGGAAGUGUGCCCCUGCUGAGUUGAUAAACUUCACGAAAGACAGAAAUACCUUUUUUUCCGGAACACAUGGCUUUCUCUGGAGAAAUGUGCAAACUUCUGUCAGUGUUGAUAUCACUGGUGUUUCUGCUUCCAGGAGUGGAAGCAAUGGAUGAAGGAAACGCAAUAGCAAUUCUGUUUGGAAUGGUUUUUACGGGCAUUGGUUUUUGUGCAUGUUUGGGUUACUAUGCCAGGAAGAGAAAUGGGCAGUACUAGCAAUGUACUUAUAUUUUGUGUUUAUACCAGUCAAUGCUUUUGUAUUUUAUAAUCUAAAUGAAAAGCCACUACAAUCUAAAUGACUUAUCUGUUCAGAAUAUGAAUAUUGUCUGCCAGGAAAAUAGCUUAUUUCAUAGUAUAUCAACUUGUUUUUGACCAAGUAUUAAAUUCCAAUAAAAUGAGUAACUUAACACAAAACCAAGACGGUGUAACUGCAUAAAUUAUCUACAAUGAAUUGCACAUAUCGAGCACAUCCCUAAACUCAAAUCUAAAAUAUUAAAUGUAACUUUUCUUGAACUUUGUUAGAUGUUUUUAAUGAUGCCGCUGUUGGUAUAGUGACAGCCAGCAUUCCGUCUGCCGGGAUAUAGUAUGUAUCCCAUUUAAACAUAGCAAACAUUGCUGCUAGUCUGCCCUGGUUGGAAAUAGCAGGUAAUGAUUGGAGACAUAUACAUAGAAAAUUAAUUAUGUAGGUUUGUAUCAAUAUUAGGUCAUAAGGUUACAAUUGAUAAAACAUGAGACGUUUACAGGUACUAGCUGACACACAUCACACCCCCUGGAUCACCCAGGUUAUAAUAUACACUCUAUUGCAUCACACUGUUUAACUUUAGUUUCUCUGGCAUCAUUCUUCAGACACUGUUUUGGUUUCACCUUAUAGAUAUCUACUGAUAUUCAGUUAACUGCAGGGUUUACCCGGUGACAAAUUUGAGGCAAAAAUUCCCCCUGGUGUGGGGAAAGGCUAUUCAAUUAAAUAUCCUUUUCCCCCACAUCAAAAUAUUGGAAUUUACAAUCGGAAAGCCAAUAGUUCCACAUAAACUGCGGAAUCAGUGGGGGUUUCCUGUGCGCAACCCGAUUUUGUGUUUGUUUUUUUUCUUAAAACAAGGUUCAGUCCAACCCUGGGGACUCGUGUGUGUGUGUGUGGGGGGGGGGGGGUAAACCCCCAAUAAUUGAAUAGGUCUGGCAAAGUGAAUAAUUGUAUUCCCCCCCAUAUUGUGCAAAAAAUGCUUUCCUGUUAAUUUUUUUGUUCAUUUUCUAAAAAUGUUAUUGACUUUAUUUCCACACAACAUGUAGACCUACCCUUGUGUAAAAUGGAGACCUACAAAAGAAUACAUGCUACUUGAAAGCUGAAAUACAAGAUUGGUACAUAAACUCACAUUUACUAGGGCAAUUUCAAAAUACAAUCCUUAAUGUUCACUAUAAUGCUAUUGUUUCUUUGCAUUUUGUAACUGGCGAUUUAUGUAUAAUUUUGAACUUCUUCCAAUAAAACUGUAAUAUAAUCAUA